AUGGAUAGAUAUGGACAUAAUGUAAGAUCAGAUAUAAAGAAGCAGGGAUAUGAAGAUUCGAAUUUACCCAUUCUUUGUGAAACGUGUUUAGGAGAAAAUCCAUAUGUUAGAAUAAUAAGAGAGGAGAAUGGGAAAGAAUGUAAAAUAUGUAAGAAUGUGUUUACUCAUUUUAGAUGGAAACCUGGUGAGAAUUCAAGAUAUAAACAAACGGUUAUAUGUAUGAAAUGUGCUAAAGUUAAAAAUGUUUGUCAAACUUGUUUAUUUGAUUUACAAUAUAAUUUACCUGUACAAGUCAGGGACAAAUUUCUUGAAAAUAGUAUAGUAUUACCAGAGAAUGAGACAAAUCGGAAUUUUUUUUUAGAGCAGAUGGAAAACGAUAUGUCUUCAACAUAUGAUAAAAUGAAUCGUAUAAAUAUGGAUUUAAGUAAAUUAAAAAGACGAGAUCCAUAUUUUAAAAGAAAUAUGGCAAGGGUAUGUAGUUUCUGGAGGAAAAAUUCAUGUAAUCGUGGAGAUGAAUGUCCGUAUCUUCAUAAAGAGAUUCAUUUAGAUAAGUCUUUAUCAAAUCAAAAUAUAAAGAAUAGAUAUACAGGAGAAAAUGAUAUUUUAGCUGAGAAGAUAUUAUUAAAACAUAAUGAAAAAAAUAAUGAUGAUAAAAAUAUGUCUAAUAAAAUAUGUAUACAAGGUAUUAGUGAAUCAGUUAGUCAAGCAAAUAUAAAAGAAUGUUUUAAAAAAUUUGGAGAUAUUAAAUCUAUAAAAGUGAUACCAAAAGAUUCAAAAAUGUUUAUAUCAUAUUCGAAUUCACAAGCAGCUAAAAAAGCUAGUGAUAAAUAUAAAGAUGGUCUUUUACUUAACGGUUGUAAUUUGACUGUACAUUUACAAGAUAAUCCAACAUAUAAUAAUAAAAAUCAACAACCUGUUAUUAAUUAUAUGAAUAAUAAUAUGUAUCAAAAUAAUAUGUCUCCUCAAAUGAUGUAUAAUCCUAUGUAUUAUCCAUAUUAUAAUAUGAAUAAUAUGCACCCAAGCAGUGCUCCCUAUUCUUCGAUGUUGCCAUCUGAAGCGGAGCAACGCAAAUGA